AUGCUCCCCACUAUCCUCUCCAUCACCCGCUUCAUCGCCGGCAUCGCGAUCAUGAUCCUGGACGUGGCCCAGUACUGGAAAGACAAAUUACUGUCGCGAUGGACCUCCCAAUCGCCGCGUCGGCAGCUGAUGCACCGUCUCGCCAACGCCCGGACGUUCGAGGAAUGGGAAUCCGCAGCCUUCGACCUGGAUGAGCUUCUCAGCAUCGAUCUAUGGCGUCAAAACCCUACCAGUCGUCACUACGACUAUCGGCUUAUCCUGCGACGGGUAGAGGCACUCUUGAGCGCCCGCGAGGACGACGAUAUCUUGACGCUCUGCAAUCUCCUGCGCUCCGGCCUCGUGCGCAAUUUGGGAAACAUCACGUCGCCGCGGCUCUUCCUGCAUGCGUACGCCGGCACCAAGUUCCUCAUAGACGACUACAUCACGCAGGUGGCCCUCUCCAUCCAGUACGUCACCGAGCUGCAGACCACCUCCAUCCACCAUGGCGAAUUCACCUCGCAGGCCAAGCUCGAGCUCCUGCACGACACGCGCCAGGCCUUCGGGCGCACCACCCUCGUGCUGCAGGGCGGAUCGAUCUUUGGUCUCUGCCAUCUGGGCGUGGUCAAGGCGCUGCAUCUCCAGGGCCUCCUCCCGCGCAUCAUCACGGGCACCGCGACGGGCGCCCUGAUUGCCGCUCUCGUCGGCGUCCACACCGAGGACGAGCUCCUCACGUUCCUCAACGGCGACGGCAUCGAUCUCUCGGCAUUCAACCGCCGCGGAGACAGAGACUCCGACCCCGCCGGCACGUGGCAGUCCUCCCUCAGCGACAGCCUCGCGACGCUCUGGCGCCGCACCCGCCGCUACAUCCAGAAGGGCUACUUCUUCGACGCCAGCGUCCUCGAGGACUGCGUGCGCACCAACCUCGGCGACCUCACCUUUGAAGAAGCCUACGCGCGCUCUAAGCGCAUCCUCAACAUCACGGUUGCCAUAUCUAGCAAAUCGGGGAGUCCCAAUUUGCUCAACUACCUAACUGCCCCGAACGUCACCAAGCUUAUUUGGUCCGCAGCAGUCGCCUCCAACGCCUCCAGCAGCAGCCUCUACCAACCGGUAACAAUCUACUGCAAAGACGAAACGGGCGCCAUCGUGCCGUGGCCACACUCGCAAGACGUGACCUUCCACUCCUGGCACCACGUGCAAUACAGCGAGCGCGAGUCGCCGCUCUCGCGCAUCGCCGAGCUCUUCAACGUCAACCACUUCAUCGUCUCGCAGGCGCGCCCCUACAUCGCGCCGUUCCUGCGCUCCAACCUCAGCGUCGCCGACCGCCGCCCCACCAGCCCCUGGAACCCGGCCGCCUUCAUCACCCGCCUCGUCGUGACCGAGCUGCACCUCCGCCUGCGCCAGCUCGACUCGCUCGGCCUCCUCCCGCAGGCCCUCGCCCGCCUGCUCAUCGAGGAAACCAUCCCCGGCUCCAGCCUCACCCUCGUGCCCGACCUGUCCCUCUGGGACUUCACCAAGCUAUACCAGAACCCCGCGCGCGGCAGUCUGGACCACUGGAUCCUCAAGGGCGAGCGCGGCGUCUGGCCGGCUGUCAGUGCGUUGAAGGUGCGCAGCGUGAUUGAGAUCGAGCUCGAUCGCGGGUAUCAGGUUGUGCGGAGAAGGCGGCCCGCGGGCGAGAACUCGUUCUCGUCGUACGCGCCGCCGCGGACGGCGCCGAUGCCGAAUGAGGGGCUCAAACGGCGGACUAGCGCUGGGCAGGGCGUAGAGAAUGACGGGUGA